GGCCUCGGCCCACGUGCCUUGCUUCAACAUUGAGAUUUUUUUUCAUAUUCUCAUAGUUCUGCCUUUGCCUCAUUAUCCCUCCACUUUCUCAUCAACCAAACGGACGAUUUCCUCACUGAAAAUGGCAUCAACACCUUCGAAAUCUCAAAUCCUCUCUUUGUUCCGCUCUCUCCUCCGCACAGCACGCGAUUUCUCGGACUACAAUAUUAGAGAAUACACCAAGAGGCGUACCAUCGACGGGUUCCGCCAUAAUCGCCACGUCUCCGACCCUUCCUCAAUCGCCGCCGCCUACUCCGAUGCCGAGUCUCAGCUCCAGAUUGCCAGAAGGCAGGUCAUAGUCUAUUCGCUUUACGUUCCCAAGCUCAAGAGCGUCAUGGAAAUUAAGCACGCUUGAACCCUAAUUUUCAUGGUUUGUAGCUUAACUUCAAGUAUUUGAAUUUUGUAUUGUGUGUGGCAGAAACGGAUAUUUGUGAGUUACAGUAUAAGAAAACGGAUAUUUGGAUUAUUUUUUUAAUUUGGUGUAUAAUUGAUGAGUAAUUUUUCA